AUGAAGGGUUACGACUACAAUAUCUGCCUCUCGAUCUUCUAUGUGUCUUAUAUUAUCUUUGAGGUGCCUCUCACUGCCGUGUGCAAGUGGAUCGGCCCGGGCUGGUUCAUUCCGGCUUGCUGUUUCGGCUUCGGGGUCACCACUAUCUGCACCGCCUUCGUGCAGGAUUUCGGAGCUUUAUGCGGUGUUCGCUUCCUGCUUGGGUUAUUCGAGUCCGCCAUGCUACCCGCCAACGCCUACUACCUCUCGCGCUGGUAUCGCCGCAGCGAGCUGACCUUCCGCCUCUCGCUCUUCAUUAUGGCUGCAUCCCUAUCUGGUGCCUUUGGCGGGCUCUUGGCCUCGGCGAUCUUGAGGCUAUCUAACUUUGGGUCCAUUCGGUCCUGGAAAAUGAUUUUCGCCAUUGAAGGCAUCGCUACUGCAGUCAUCGGCUUCCUCGCCUUCUUUGCCAUGACGGACCGCCCGGAGACCGCCAUCUUCCUGAGCCGCGAAGAGAAAGAGCUCGCCAUCGAGCGCAUCAAGUCGGAGCGUAUCGGCACCACAGAGCUCAUUGACAGCUUUAAUAAGGCGAAGUUCCUGCGGGGCGUGCUCAACCCUGUCGGGCUCGCGACCUCGGUCAUCUUCCUACUCGACACUAUCACCGUGCACGGAAUCUCUUUCUUCCUCCCCACCAUCGUCCAGACCAUCUUCCCAGGCAGAUCGGUCGUAUCACAACAGCUCCUUACCGUGCCCCCCUACGCCGUCGGCACGGUUAUGUGUGUUGCCAUCUCUUUCCUCAGCUGGAAGUUCGACAACCGCGGCGCUUUUUUAAUAUUCUGCGCACCCUUCGGCGUCAUAGGAUACGCCAUGUUCCUGGCCACCUCGAAUUCGCGCGUGCGCUAUGGUGCCACCUUCCUGCCAGUCUGUGGAAUCUACGCCUACGGGGCCCUGACCAACUCCCACGUCUCCGCCAAUGUGGUGUCUGACACAGCCCGUUCCUCGGCAAUUGCCACCAACGUCUUCUUCAGCAAUCUUGGCGGACUGAUCUCGACCUGGGCCUUCUUGCCCACGGAUGCUCCCCUCUUCCGCAUCGGCAACGGGCUCAACCUUGCGGCUCAGUCCUCCAUCUUCGCCAUUGCAGUGGCUAUGUACCUGUGGAUUUUGGCGGACAACAAGAAGAGGGAGAGGCGCAACGCCGAGGAGGAACUGACGGGACUUACCGUCGAGCAGGUCCAGGAUCUGGACUGGAAGCAUCCGGGCUUUAGGUGGCACAACUAG